AUGCUACGCAAAUGUUUCCUUCUGCCCCUGCUGGCAGCUUGCGGUGCAGCGGUUGAGAUCUCCGUUGCAUCGUCUGGUGGUAAUGCCACUAGUGGUUUACAAUAUGGUAUCAUGGAAGAGGAAAUCAAUUACUGUGGUGAUGGGGGUCUCUAUGCGGAGCUGAUUCGCAAUCGUGCGUUCCAGGGAGGCGAGAAAUACCCUUCCACAUUGGAUGCUUGGAUUCCAGUCGACGGAUCGGCGCUGUCUCUAAAGAACCUCAGUCAACCCUUGUCAUCUGCACUGCCCACAUCAGUCAAUGUCAAAGGAACGACAGGAAAGGCUGGCCUUACCAACUUGGGUUGGUGGGGUCUCGACGUAAGAGAGCAGACGUACACCGGCUCCUUCUAUGUGAAGGGUGCCUACAACGGAACAUUCACAGCUUCCCUGCAGUCCAAUAAGACUGGCGAGGUAUAUGCCAGCGCUGUCAUUGUGUCAAAGAGCGCUCGUGGCGAAUGGACCCAGCAUAACUUUACUUUGACCCCCACUAAGGCUGCCUCAAACACCGAGAACACGUUCUCUAUUACCUUCGAUGCUUCUAAAACUGUUGACGGCUCCCUUGACUUCAACCUUAUCAGCCUGUUCCCUCCUACAUAUAACGACCGUCCCAAUGGACUUCGCAGGGAUUUGAUGCAAGCGAUGGCCGACUUUGGACCUAAAUUCCUGCGAUUCCCAGGUGGCAACAACCUCGAAGGCGAUACCCUUGACGGCAGAUGGAAAUGGAACGAAACUAUUGGACCUCUCAAGGACCGCCCAGGCCGUGCAACAACCUGGUCCUACCAAGAAACCCACGGGUUAGGUCUCGUCGAGUACAUGGAAUGGUGUGAAGACCUUGGAGUCGAGCCCAUUCUUGCUGUAUGGGGUGGAUUUGCACUGAACGGCGACGCAAUCCCCGAAUCUGAGCUCGGUCUAUACGUUCAAGACGCCCUGGACGAGCUGGAAUUCCUCACUGGCUCUGUAGACACCGAAUACGGUGCCCUUCGCGCGUCCCUUGGCCAUCCAGAACCAUGGACAGUCAAGUAUGUCGAAGUCGGUAACGAGGAUAACCUAAACGAAGGGUUGGAUUCAUACAAAUCCUACCGCUUCCAGGCCUUCUACGACGCAAUCAAGGAGAAGUACCCAGACAUUACAGUCCUGGCAUCCACUGUUGAAAUCGACUUCCCUGGCGAUGCAGGCGGUGACUAUCACCUGUACGAUACGCCAGACAACUUCGUCGAGAAGUUCAACUUCUUCGACCAGUUCAGCCCCGACCAUCCGAUCCUCCUUGGCGAAAUCGCAGCGAUUCAGCUCAACGGACGCGAAAUCGUCUGGGGCGGCUCUGCCCAUUUCUCACAGUACCCAUGGUGGAUCGGUAGCGUCGCAGAAGGAGUCUUCCUCAUCGGUGCCGAAAGAAACGCCGACAAGGUCCUGGGAACAACAUACGCCCCCUUCAUGAUGAACCUCGACAACUACCAAUGGUCUCCUACCUUCCUCGCGUUCAACGCGAACCCCGAUGAGACGGCACGUUCGACCAGCUGGCACCUUUACGACCUCUUCUCUCACAACUCCUUCACACACACCCUCCCCACCACAUCAGAUUCCAGCUUCGGACCUCUCUACUACGUCGCUGGUGUCGACAACACAAGCAAUUCUCAUAUCUUCAAGGCAGCCGUAUACAACAGCACCGCCGACGUGCCCGUGUCUCUCACCUUUGACGGCGUCAAGGCCGGCACCAGUGCAAGCCUUACUGUGCUCACCGCUGCGGAUCCACUGGGCAUGAACGAAGUGGGAGUUGCCGAUAUUGUGGAUAAGAAGACCUCCACUGUGACGGCUGGUGCCAACGGCGUGUUUGAUUUCAGUCUGCCAAAUCUGAGUCUGGCUGUUUUGAAGACGGAGUAG